CAUGUCGGAUUCGAAGUAAACAGUGGCGCACUCCUGCCAAAUUAAAUUCUUGAAUUAUCCGCUUAUAAUAAUAAGUUUUGUGUUUUUUGAAUGAUGUACCUUAUGUUAUGCGAUAACAGAUAACCGCUCUUAACUUUUCUUUACGAUCAAUUUCCUGCGUUAUAUUGGCCACUGGCGUUAUGUGGCCGGUUCCGUGAUUCGUUAUAAAAAUCUACUCGAGCCGGUGAAUACUUUAUGCAAACUUUGUUUAGAAAGAAUAUUGUUGACAAGCAAAAUAUAAUGGAUUGUGUUGCAACCGGAGGAAACGUGAAAGUUUUAGCAAAAGCCAUACAUUCCCUGUCAAGAAUCGGAGAGGAGCUGUAUUUGGAGCCCAUGGAGGAUGGGCUCCUAAACUGGCUCUUGAAAACACACAAUUUGUCCUAUCAGGACUGUGAGAGUUUGCAGGCCGUGUUUGAUAAAGAGAGCUGUGCAAACGUGCUACAGGCUCAACCCAGGUUGAUGGUGGACACAGUUCUGCAUUUCCCUCCGUCUCUGGAGGAGGUGAAUCUGUCGGUGAGCAGUAAUCGCGUGUGGCUCAGGAACCACGUGGAGGAUGAUGCAGACUCAUCACGAGCAAUGAUGACUGAACUGUGUUUGAGCUCGGAGGAGUUUGAUCAUUUUGCCGUUGGCAGUCAGACCAGCGUCACCUUCUGCCUCAAAGAGCUCAGGGGUUUGCUUGUAUUUGCUGAGUCGUCUGGUCUUCCAGUUUCUAUGUAUUUUGAUGAGCCAGGCAGUCCAGUUAUCCUGAGUGUAACAGACAGUGUUCUGGAGGCUAAUUUUGUCCUUGCUACACUGUCAGAGGACUCGCAUCCAAAGAACCACGUCAACUCCAAACACCCUGACACAGAACAGCCACCAGACGACUUCAUGAGCGACGACAUGGACUCGUUUCUCAUCGAUAUGGAGACCAGCGAACUUCCUGUACUGUCACAUGUCCCCACAUCCCCGCCACGACCCACCAAUAAUAACAGAAAGCACUCCUUCAGUGAAGAGGAGGAGGAGGAGGAAGCACUUGCAGAAGGACCUCCCAACAAAAAGUUUUGUUCACUUUUCUUCGGUUCAGUUCUGCCCACUCCUUCUCAGUUGCCCAAUCAGACCAUGCAGAGCCAGGAAGUGCUGGCAAGUGACAGUGAAGAUGAAAAUCAGACAGAAACAUCAUAACCGCCCAUCGAUUGAACGAUGUGGAAAAAACACUCCCACAUCCAACCUCACAAAGACUGCUGAAUGCAUUUACACACAAAUGUCUCCUCCUGAUUUUAUUUUUCUAUGAAAAUAAUUAUGGUUUUAAACCAAGAGAUGAAGCAGUGAAUAUAACAAACCACAUCAAAUCAUUGCACAAGUCACAUUAAAACAUCUCACUCCCACU